AUGUCCAACAUGUCCAACAUGUACUCCACCUCCAACAUGUCCUCCACCUCCAACAUGUCCUCCACCUCCAACAUGUCCUCCACCUCCAACAUGUCCUCCACCUCCAACAUGUCCUCCACCUCCAACAUGUCCUCCACCUCCAGCAUGUCCUCCACCUCCAACAUGUCCUCCACCUCCAACAUGUCCUCCACCUCCAACAUGUCCUCCACCUCCAGCAUGUCCUCCACCUCCUGCAAUCUGACAUGUCUGAAGUGUGAAGCAGGAUGGGAGAAACAUGGAGGAAACUGUUAUUAUUUCUCCAACUCUAAAUCCUCUUGGAAUGACAGCAGACGUUCCUGCGCUGAUCUGGGAUCAGACCUGGUGAAGAUCGACAGCAGAGAGGAGCAGUUGUUCCUGCAGAGCAGACUGAGAGGCUUGAUGGUGGAAGAUGAUGACAAGUUCUGGAUCGGACUGACGGACUCGGUGGAAGAAGGCAAAUGGUUCUGGGUGGACGGAUCUCCUCUGGAUGAAAGUUUGAGUUUUUGGUAUUUCGACCAGCCAGACGACUUGAGUGUGAAUAAUCUCCCUGGAGCGGACUGCGUGAGGAUGGGGGAGCAAGUAGAGGACAACCUGAAAUGUUGGCAUGACAGAAACUGUGAUUAUCCUCAGAAAAGUAUCUGUGAGAAAACAGCCCAAAUUGUGCUGUGUUUGACCAGCUUCAUCAUCAACAGUCAUUUGAUUCUCAUCCAGAUGUUUGAUGAUGUUCAACAUGCUGGUUUCUAUAACAACCAAACUGACAGGAACAGAACAGGUGAAAACCCAAGCAGAACCUGCAAGCUGCCAGCAGGGGGAGUAGUUCUGCUGGUUCUGGUCGGUCUGCUGGCUGCUGCUCUCAUCGUCAUCUACAGACUCUCUUUUGAUAAAAUACGAACCAAUCAGAUUCUCCAAACCCUGAAAGAGGAGAAUGAAGCUCUGAGGAGAAAUCUGUCAGUUGGAAGUACAACUUCAACAACAAUAUUUCCUGCAGUAAAAAGGGAAACAUUUAUGAAGUGUGAAGCAGGAUGGGAGAAACAUGGAGGAAACUGUUAUUAUUUCUCCACCACUAAAUCCUCCUGGAAUGACAGCAGACGUUCCUGCGCUGAUCUGGGAUCAGACCUGGUGAAGAUCGACAGCAGAGAGGAGCAGAUGUUCCUGGUAGGAAGACUGAGAGACUUGAUGGAGGACGAUGAGGACAAGUUCUGGAUCGGACUGACGGACCUAAAGGAAGAAGGCAGAUGGUUCUGGGUGGACGGAUCUCCUCUGGAUGAAAGUGUGACGUUCUGGAACGAUAGAGAACCUGACAACAGAAGUAAAGAUGGUGCAGGCUCAGCUGACUGUGGGAGGAUGGGGAGAAAAAGAGAAUAUGAAAAUCUGAAGUCCUGGUUUGAUAUAUCCUGUAAUUAUCCUCACAAAAGUAUCUGUGAGAAAACAGCUGGACUGAGUUCAUGUGUCUGUGUCUGAAGAUCAGUUCAGUCUGUGGACCGAUCUGAGUUCAGCUUCAAGAAGCUGCAGUGAUGCUGCUUUUAUGAAGAUAUUGUCAUGAAAAUUUUACAUUUCCAGACAUGUUGAAAUAAUCAAACUUUCAACAUUCAGUCAUAUUCUUGCUUGAUUUGCUCUCAUAUUCAUAUUUUGGUUUGAAUGCAGAAUAUCCUUUGAAAAAUAUGAAACUAUGUAACUUGUAAAUAUUUGAUUAUGAUCAGGAAUGUCUUCUUAACUUGUUCCACAUUUUGUCCAAUAAAAUAAAUGUCAACAUUUUGGUCAAUAUGACUGAAAAACAGAGAUUGGCUUUGAAAUAAAAACAAUUUGGAUAACUUUUAUAACCUCUGCUCAUAUUUGCUGCAAUGUUUAUUAAAAAAUUAUGUGGUAAUAAUUGAAUAAAUGUUUAAAAAAUGUCUUCAGUGUUUCUCAAAUUUAGAAAAGUUGCCACACUUUAGUGGAAGUUUCUACCUGUAAACAAUUUUGAAAGUAUUUUGUAAAAAUGAAUGUAACUGAGUUAUUAUUGAUGUGAAAACUUCCUUUAAAUAAAUAACUUUAGUUUCAGAUGUU